UUUAAACUCUCACUCGCUCAAUUAGCAAAGCUGGACUACGCAGACCCCCGGUCGCAUGUUGACUUGACAGCAACGUUUGACAAAACUAGCACAUGACUACUAGAAAUACAGAUGUAGCCAUGAGGGGCGACCUGAGGCGGGGGGUGUAGGGCGUGUGCAAGCAAUUUACUGUGGACUUUCUUAGGGGGGUUCCCCUAGCUUCAGCCAUGUAUUCCAGUUAUGGUAUGAGUGAGCUAGCAGUGGCGCCGCUGGACGCCAGCUACCCGUCAGCGGUCACCGCCAUGCAGUUCAGCCCUCAUUACGAGGCGAUGUGGGCAGGCACGGAGGCGGGCCACCUGUACUGCCUGCAGGCGCCCUCGCUGCAGCCGUACGCGCACUGGCAGGCGCACCCGCACGGCAGCCCCGUGCUGGAGGUGGCGGCGGCGGGGGACGGCGUCAUGUCGCUCAGCGCGCACAGGCUGUGCCUGCACGGGCUGGGCGGGGCGCCGCGAUGGAGCCUCAACGACGACUCGGGCGCCUUCUCCGCCGUGUGCCUGGACGCCGGCGGCGGUGGUGGCGGCGGCGUGGCGCCUGUCGGUCUGGCGGGCGCGCGGGCGGUGCUGGGCCGCAGCAGCGCGCGCAUGAGCCUGGUGGAUGUGGGCACGGGCCGCGUCACCAGCGACCAGGAGGUGCUGGGUCUGCUGGGCGGCGAGGGCGUGACGCUGCUGCGCGGCCCCGCCUCGCGCGGCGCCCUGGUGGCGGCCACCAGCCUGGGCCGACUGGCGCUCAUCGACCCGCGCGCCAAGCUGAGGGCCGACUCUGCGCUGAUCGCCGCGCCGGGCGGUGUGGCGGCUCUGGACGCACGUGGUGACACGGUGGCGGCGGCGGGGUACGGCAUGCGCGCGGGCACAGUGGUGGCGGAGAACUGCGUCAAGCUGUUUGACGUGCGCGCCGGCCUGCGCCUGCUGUACACGCUUCCCACCUCCGGCCCGCCCGCCGCGCUGGCCUUCCACCCGCCGCCGCUGGGCUCGGCCUGCCUGCUGGUGGCGCUGCCCAGCGCCGCCUUCUGCCUGGCGGACACGGCCAGCGGCGGGACCAGCCAGGUCUACCAGGCCGACAUGGCCAGCGACCAGCUGUCCACCGCCUGCCUCAGCCCCAGCGGCGACCUGGUGGCCCUGGGCGGCAGCGGCGGCUACGUGCACGUGUGGGGAGACAUGGGCGCAGGCGGAGGCGGCGGAGGCGCGGGAGGCGGCGGCGCGGGCGGCAGGAACGGCGGCGCCCACCUGCGCGUCAACAAGGCGGCGGGGGCGGGAGGCAGCAGCAGUGGGCCGCCGCCGGUGCCCGCCAUGCGCCCGCGCGCGGCGGUGGAGCUGCAGGAGGACGACAGCUUCGCGGCCGCGGUGCAGUACCCGCCGCCCUCGCCGCCGCCGGGUCACACUGGGCCGCCGCCGGGUCUGGCCUCGGACUGGGAGCCCGCGGAGAGCAGCGCAGUGGGGCUGCCGCCGCGGGUGCUGGACCCGGCCAUGCGCCGCGAGCUGCGAGUGGUGGACGGCGUGGGCUACCUGCCCAAUCCGCACUACAGCCGGGCCAAGUCCCUCGCCGACAUGGUCCGAGAGCUGGCGCACAUGCGGCACGGCCCAGGAGCACGGCUGGCCAUGCGAAGCGGCUUCGGGCCGGGAGGCAUGGGCGGCAUGGGCGGCGGCGGGGCGGGAGGCGUGGGCGGCUGGGCGGGCGGCGGAGCGGGCGGCUGGGUGGGCGGCGGCGGCGGGUAUGGCGGGUAUGCGCUGGACCCGGCGGCGGCCAAGGCGGAGCGGCAGCGGCAGCGGGUGGCGGAGGGCGGCGUGCUGCUGCCCGCGCGCUACGGCCGCGUGGAGGCGCGCCACGGCGGCGCCAGCGGCCUCAACGGCGGGCCGCGGCUGAACAAGUGGGAGGAGUUCGACUUCGCGGCGCACAACAGCACCGGCAGGUUCGCGGGCCUGGAGAACGACCUGCCCAACGCCUACUGCAAUGCGCUGUUCCAGGCCCUGUACUUCCUGCCCGAGUUCCGCGGCCUGGUUCUGGCGCACGUGCCCGAGCCCGACGCCGAGUUCUGCCUCACCUGCGAGCUGGGCUUCCUGUUCGCCAUGCUGCAGCGGGGGGGCGGGCUGCCGUGCCAGGCCACCAACCUGCUGCGCACGCUACGCUCCCUGCGCGAGGCCGCCGCGCUGGGGCUGCUGGACGGCGGCGGCAUCGGGCCGGCGGCGGGCGCGGCGGGCGACGCGGGGGCGGCGGUGACGGCCAUGGCGGCGCUGGGCGGCGGCGGGCCGGGCAGCGGCGAGACGGAGUUGUCGCGGCGCGUGGCGGCGCUGUGCCGCUUCAUGCUGGAGCAGAUGCACAGGGACGCCACCAACGCGCGCACGCCCUCGCCCGGGCCCUUCCGCUCCGGCAUCGCGCCGCAGCCCGCUCCCGCCAACGCGGCACUCGCGCCCGCCCUCGAGGCGCUGAUGGGCAUCUCCUUCCGCACCCGCAUGACCUGCCUCACCGGCGGCGGCGGAGACUCGGUCCGCGACGGCCGCUCGUUCCAGGUGGACCUGCAGUAUCCGGCCAGUCGGGAGAAGGCGGCGCGGGCGGCGGAGGAGGCGCGGCAGCUGGGGCUGAACCGACUACCGGGGGCGGCGCCGCCCAUGGAGGACCCGCCGGGUGUGGUUCCCGCCUUUGCCACGCUGCUGCAGCGCUCGCUGCUGGCGGCCGCCGCCACACGCGCCUGGGUGGACGAGGCACGAGGCUACGCACUGGUCAAGAAGGUCCGCGUGCCGGUGUGCCUGCCGCCGCUGCUGACCGUCAACGUGGCGGUGGGCGACAGCAGCGAGGCGGCCUGGUGGCUGCCGGCCAAGGGGCCAGACGGUGUGGUGCCCAGCGGCGAGGCGCACCGCCUGCCCUGGGCCAUCGCCAUCAUCAGCCGCCCGCAGUCCUGGGAGGUGGAGGUGCACCAGGCGGACCGCGCCGAGCAGCUGUACGAGCAGCUGGCGCCGGUGCUUGCCAACCCGGACGUCGUGGCGUGUGUGUACGAGCUGGCGGGUGCCGUAUUCCAGAUCCGGGAUCUGGACGAGGGCACCCCAGACCAGGCCGCCGCAGCCGCAGCCGCCAUCGGCGCCGUCGGCUCAGGCAGCGCCGCCGGCCAGGCUGGCGGCGGCGCGGCUGGCGGCGGCGGCAACGGCGGCGGCGCCAGCGCUGCCAGCACCAACGCGGCGGCGCAGGCGGCGGCGAGGUCGGGUGUGAAGCCGCAUCAGGGACACCUAGUCGCCAUGAUCAAGGUGCCGCAGCAGUAUUGGGACGAGGCGCCCGCGCCGCGCCUCACCCGCCCCCCGCCCGGAUCCAUGGUGGACUUUGUGCCCGGCCGCCGCGAGGUGCUGGACGCGGCGGCGGCGGCGGCGGCGGCGGCGGCGGCGGCCACAGCACGGCAGGACGCGGGCCGCCCCGGCGGCCGCAGCUCCUCCGCGGGCGGCGGCGGCGGCGCCAAGGCGGGCGCGGGGGCGGGGGCAGGCAGCGGCGGCGGGUCUGGAGCUGCAGGGCUUGGGGCCGGCAUUUCGCUGCCGGACGACCUUGAUGACAUCUUUGCGGGCGGGUUGAGCCUCGGUGGCUCGGACGCGGCGGCCGCGCAAGACAGCGACACCAACGGACGCGCGGGCGCCAGCGGCCCGCGCAACAGCCUGAGCAGCGGAGCAGGAGGAGCCGGCGCCCGGAGCCAGGGCGCCGGCACCGGCACCGGCCGCGGCCACCCUCAGGGCCCAGAGUGGGUGCUGUUCAAUGACUUCUGUGUGGCUGGCGGCAUCCCGCCGGCCGAGGUGACCGCCACCUACGGUAACCAGAAGCUGCCGGCGCUGCUGCAAUACAAGCAGGUGCCUCCGCCAGCGCACCUCAAGGACGCCGUUCGCGCCACCACCGGCACCCCACCCUCCGCGCCCGCGCCCGCCGGGCCCCUGCCCUCCGAGCUGCCCGGCAACAACAACAGCAACAAGGGCCGCAACGGUGGCGGUGGCGGCAAGCAUCAGAAGCACCAGCAGCACACCGCGGCGCAGCAGGCGGCGGCGGCGCAGCAGGCCGCGGCGGCGGCGGCGGCGGGCGCGCUGACGACGCUGGCGGCGAUGGCGGCGGCGCCGGCGGCGGCCGCGGUGACGGCGGACCAGUUCAAGCAGCUGUGUGCCUCGCCGCCGCUGCAGGGCGCCAUGGCUAACCUGCCGCCCUUCAGGUUCAAGCCCCUGGACAUGGUGCGCAUGGCGCCGCGCCCCGGCACCCGCUUCGCGAUCGACGCCGAGUUCGUGGCCUCCUCACCGCCCGAGAGCCGCGCCGUGGAGCGCGGCGGCGGCGGCGGCGGCGGCCCCGACUCGGUGCUGGGCGCGGUGGGGCCGCUGGCGAUGCUGAGCGCGAGCGCGCACCACCACGGCGGCACGGUGGACCUGGUGCAGCUCAAGCAGAGCAGGCUGACGCUGGCGCGUGUGGCGGUGGUGGCUGCGGAGCCGGGCCCGCUGGCCGGCAGCUGCUGUGUGGACGACUACAUCCGGGCGGUGGAGCCCACCUACGACUACCUCACGAGGUGGAGCGGCAUCUGCCCCGGCGACCUGGACCCGCAGGUGUCGCGACACUACACCACCACACUCAAGCACACCUACCUCAAGCUGAAGUACCUGCUGGACUGCGGGUGUGUGUUUGUGGGGCACGACCUGCGCAAGGACUUCCGCUGCAUCAACAUGGUGGUGCCGCCGGAGCAGGUGAUCGACACCAGCGAGCUGUGGCGGCACCGUGGCGGCCGCAAGCUGAGCCUGCGCUUCCUGGCCUCCUACCUGCUGGGCGCCAACAUCCAGCAGGGCACCGCGGCGGCCGCCGCAGGCCACCACGCGGCGGCACACCACCACCACCACCACCAUCAUGCGCACCACCACCACCACCACCACCACAAUCACCACGGCGGCGGGCCCGGCGGGCCCGGCGGCGGCGGGCCCAUGCUGCCGCCGCCGCAGCUGGGCCACGACGCCAUUGAAGACGCGCGUACGGCAAUGCGGCUGUACCACAAGUACCUCGAGCUGACCGCCAACGACACCUUUGAGCGCGUGCUGAAUGAGAUGUACGCCUGGGGCAAGGCCAACGGGUGGGACCCCAUGGCGCUGCAGCAGCAGGGGCUGGGGCAGCAGGGGCUGGGGAGCAACGGCGGCGGGCAUGCUGCCGGCAUCUAAGGGCGGGUGAGCCAGCACGUGGCUUCUGGCGCGGGAUGGGGGGCGGGGGGAUGGGGAGGAGCGAAGGCGGACGUUGAGGGGCCGCGACGGAGGCGGCAGGGGCUGGUGGCGGCUCUGGUGGUGUGGGCGUCGCAGGGCGGGCGUGGUGCGAAGGGUCUUGGUCACACGAGGGCCAGCCCUGCAUGUUGGGUACACGGGGUAGCUGCAUGUCGGGCGGCCGCAGGACCGCCGGCGCUGCCAGCGGGUUUUCAUGCGAUAGUGGCAUAGAAUAAUAUUGGUCAAGCCUUUUGAUUGCCAACAGGCGGCGGGUCAGAAGCAGCCGGAGCGGGAAGCGACUUCUCGAGUCCAUGGACGAUUGACGGUCGCUUCGCUUGAGUUGCACGUUGUAGGCAUACGCGGUGACACGCGGUGGGCUGUGUCGCGCAAGCGGCGCGGCAGGCGCGGAGAAAAGUGGGGUUACAAUCUGACCCCAUCCUGCCGAUGUCGCAAGCUGGCAGAGCCGUGGAUGAAGUAGCGACAGCGUUGGGGGAUGGGUGUGAGGCGGCGAAGGGGCGCACGGCAUGGCGCACGGUCGCGAGGUAGGCAGGUAGGGAAAGGGAGGGUCAUCUGCCUGCGGCCGCCUUGUCAGGGGGAACAGGGCACUUUGUGUGGGUUGCAAGCAGUUGGUCAGGGCACGUUAUGGGCUGAUCACCGCGACGGUGACGUGAAGCGCCGGGGAAGUGGGGGGAGGGGCUUGGCAGGCGGAUCCCAAAUGCGCGUUGAUGUGGCGAUUGCUACGGCGAUGGAUUACCGUACGAGGACAUCAGUACAGUAAUGGGAUAUCCGUCUUUGGCGCGCGGCAUGUGCGUGCCAUUCAAGGUGCCGGUUCAGAACCGCGUACACGACGUGUUGCUCAUGCAUUCUUGGCGAUUUGGAGCUUUGACCGUACGACGACGGACGACACGACCUUGCAUGAGGGACGUGACAUGACGGUGCUGCUGUGGACGGGCUUGAGUGCUGGUUGACGCUGAGGCUGGUGUUGAACAUUCAACAGUCAAUUUGAGAUGUCAAGGCAUAAGAGCGCAGCUGGCAGAACGCUGGAGUUACUGUACGCGUCGCAGGCUUGCUGGCAGGCUGGUACUUUGCUGACGCGCAUUAGUGAGCUUGGGCCACGUGCGGCACGAGGCCGUGCAACUCAGGGGAAGUGCAACUUGCCUUGUGUAAUUCUUGCAGGUGCCCUGCAGCCCAAGUGACAAAGGGCGACAACUGGCACGCAGGUCGCGGGGGGUAACUAC